AUGACGGCGGUGAUGAUGCUCGCCGCCGUUUUUCUGCUCGGGAUCGAUGGCGCUGCGGUUUUCCAUCUUGAGAGAACUUUGCCUUUGUCGUCGAACUCGACAUCCAUGGAGCAGCUGAUAGCUCGGGACCGAGCUAGGCAUGCGAGGAUCUUGCGAGAGUCCACCGCCGUCCAUGGAGUUGUCAGCUUCCCCGUUUACGGUUCAGCGGAUGCCGAUCUGUUCGGGCUAAUCUUGGUUUUGUUGGACAGACUGUAUUACACGAAAAUAAAACUGGGGUCACCACCAAGGGAAUUCAAGGUGGUGAUCGACACCGGGAGUGAUGUCUUGUGGGUGAUGUCCAACACCUGCGUCAAUUGUCCACGCUCCAGCAAUCUACAGAUCCAGCCUACGUUUUUUGAUACCACUGCCUCCUCAACUGCUCGGGUCAUUCCUUGUACACACAAGUAUUGUGCUCCAUUCAAUCAAAGCGGCACAGCUUGGUGUUCAAGGAAUGGCCAGUGCGGCUACACCAUCCGGUAUCUCGAUUCGAGUGCAACGUCUGGGGUUUACGUGAAAGAUGAGUUCCAUUUCGAUUCGCUGUUGCCUGGUUCAGGAAUUGCAAAUUGCUCGUCAGCGCCGAUUCUGUUUGGAGUCAGUACCUAUCAAUCUGGCUACCUGACUAGCACAGAUUUUACGGUUGGCGGAAUUCUUGGUUUUGGGCGGGGAGAUCUCUCCGUUUUCUCGCAACUGUCAUCGAGAGGACUGAUACCGCGAGUCUUCUCGCAUUGCUUAAGAGGAGAGGGAAGUGGAGGUGGGAUUUUUGUUAUGGGAAAGGUUUUGGCGCCAGGCAUCAUGUACACCCCCCUCGUCCCAUCACAGUCAGUAUUUUUUCAUCUUUCUUUUUCGGCAAAAUACGUUUUCAUAGUCAUAACUAUGCACUUUGCGAAAAAAAAAGCCAAAUUUUGA